UCGGGACUCGACUCUGCGAGUCGUCUGAUCCGUGACACAUACAGAUGGCAGGUACAAGAAUCACCAACCUCCAGAGUGCGAUGAAGCAGCCACCAUUGACCCAGCCUCCGCAGCACAGCGCAGCGUUGCAGGGAGCCGUCCAGAUGCGCAUCAAAAACUCGCAGAGCCCAGGAGAGCGCCUCAGUCAGUCCAAGUCCAUGGUGCUGCAGGACUGCGACCUUCCUCAGAAGCCUAUCUCACGACAUCGAAGGAAUCAGUCUCAGCACAUCAUCUUCACCGCAGCAGGAGGAGCUGCUGAACCAUCGUGUCUCCAGGUUGAGCUGAAAGGUGAACACCUAAAUGUGGCAAAAAUCUCAGAGAGCGGCAAGAAGCAACGGAAAAACUGGAGUUUGAUGUGGAGCGUACUGACCUCAGACCAGCUGCUGCUCUACAAAGAGAGACAGCAAGAAACUCCUCCGAAACCAGGAAGUAAGACAGAUGUGGUUCAGCUGUGUGGAGCAGUUAUCGAGUGGACGACAGAGAAGUCAAGCAGGAAAAACGUCUUCCAGAUCAUAACAAACACAGGAAGCGAGUACCUACUUCAGGCUGACAGUUACUCCACCGCCAGUAAAUGGUACGAUGCCAUCAGAAAGGCCAUCAACUCUUCAACUGAAGCCGAUGGAGGUUUUGCUCUGAGGAGAUCAAACAGCACAGAAUACCUGCCGAGACACAGCUCCUUACCUGGAUACGGCUCUGCCUCCCCCAAUGCCAAGCAACGCAACCCCGUCCACAGGCGCUCCAUCAACAUGUUCAGCAGCUCCAAGCUGAAGCACAGCUCCUCUGACAGCUCUGAUAAGAAUGGAGUGAAGAACAGACUUAAGAAGUUCAUCAGCAGACGUCCAUCCAUGAAGACUCUCCAGGAGAAAGGCCUCAUCAAAGAUCGCAUUUUUGGCUGCCAUCUGUUGACUCUCUGCCAGCGGGAAGGAACCACAGUGCCAAGAUUUGUUAAGAUCUGUUUGGACGCCGUUGACAAGCGCGGUCUAGAGGCUGACGGGAUCUACAGAGUCAGCGGAAAUCUGGCAACAAUCCAGAAACUUCGCUUCAUUGUGGAUCAGGAGGAGGACCUGGACCUGGACCACAGUCAGUGGGAGGACAUCCACGUUGUCACUGGAGCUCUCAAGAUGUUUUUCCGUGAGCUGCCUGAGCCGCUGUUCCCCUUCAAAUUCUUCCAGCCGUUUGUGGAGGCCGUCAGUGAGUCGAACCUCAUAUCAAGUAUCAAGUUUUAGUCUUUUGUUGGCCAGAAAUUCAUUUUUAGUAAAAGUGAUGACUUUAUUAAAAUGCACUUCUUAAAACAAGAGUUGAUAAACAUUUCACAAAUAUCACAAAACUUCACAAACACCAGAAAAUGUAAAUAAAGAAAGUUUAAAUGUCUGCACCACUUUGGUCCCCUGAGUAUCACAGGUGAAGUCAUAAAGCACGCACAGGUUACAGGUCAAUUUUUAUCAGUUUUAGAAAAGCCAGUGUUAAUGAUUCUGAGACGAAAGGUUAAAAUGAGUCACUACGUUACAUGUCAUGAAUGUGUUUGUGUUGAGAGAACGGCUCGUUCAACACUAGCGUGUAACCGCCGGCUGCUUUUCAUGCUGCGCUGGCAAAAAACACAGCAAAUACACAAAAACUACAAAACUUUAUAC